CAAACAAAAGGUGCAUCCAGAGAGGGAGAGUCAGAGAGAGAGAGAGAGAGAGAGAGAGAGAGAGAGUCAGAGAGGGCGGGAGGAGCUCGAUCUGAAGCGGAAGAAAAUCUUUGCUGGUGAAAACUAAAUCACUUGCUAUGCUCUGUUUGUGGUGCCAAAAACAUAUCUAGAGUUGCAGGCCUCUGAUUUACAGUGGUUGCUCUGAAACGGUUGUUUACAGAAUCACCAGGAAGUUAAAGUGACGGAGCUGAAAAGGAGCUACAGAGGGGCUAAUCUUCUAUUGAUGGCGAACAACGGGAAUGAGGAUUUUUAUUACAACCUCUCAAGGAAAGAGCUUCAAACAUUGUGCAAAAGAUAUGGCUUGCCUGCAAAUAAAUCGCAUUCGGAUUUGGCAAUGUCUCUGAUUGCUUACUUACAGGAAGGUUUUGGUGGUCCAAUGUAUAAUCUUUGGGGGAAUUUUUAUGCUCAAUGCAACGGGAAUGGUCUUAGCCAUAAUGAGUACCCAAGAAAAUACGCAGUUGACGAUUCUUUGGGUUUGGCAAGAGAUAGAACCAUGGAAAAUGUGCCUGAAACUGAAAGUAGGGAGAUAAAUUUCAGCGCAUACCCUGCUCAAACUGCUGUUGAUUGUUCCGUGGAAACUCCUACACAAGUUCCUUCCUCUUCUUUUGAGUUUCAUGUUAGGUCAGAAGAGGGGAUUAAUCUUUAUGUUGACUUCAAUUCGAGCCUAUCUGAGUGGACUAAGAGGUUCAAAAGUGAGGUUUGCACAUGUCAAAAUGUGCAUAGAAACAAGUCUAUGAGUCUUUAUGAGGACCUUGGGUGCAUUGGAAAAGGUGAUAAAGAAAAGAGAAGUUCCUUCAUACAGAACAUAAAUUAUGGGUACAUUGAAGAUAAAGAACCGACAAAAAGUGACAAUGUGGGCCUUGAUUAUUCUGUUAAACUAGCUGAAACUUCAGUAACCUCAGCAGUAAGAUCGUGCAACAUGGCUGCAGACGUGUCAGAGCAUUUAGUGGAAGAUCAAGCACUUGUCUCAUCUAAACUUGACUCGGUUCCACAGAAGCAGAUAAUUUCUGGUGCUCAUUCCUUUGCUAAAGAUGGCUCUUUAAUCAAGCUUGAUUCAAAUGUCCCUAAUAAUUUCCAGAAGUCCAUCCGUGCUCCUGCUGUCAACUCGUUAUCAAAAGUUCAAUUAAGUCCUGUCAUAAUGGAGCAUCAAAAUUCAAACCUCAAUAAUUGUCUGAAUCCAAUCCUGCAGAAUGAUUAUAGCCCUGUCAACCUUAGUGUGGUAUAUCCUCGAUACUCAGCUGUUGCUUCUAUAGAGAUGCAGUCAUCAGAGGUUGUGAGUUGCUCCAAAGACAUAUCAUGUUCACCUUGUGGAAAUGGAGGAUUGGUGGGUCUGUUUGUACAAAAGGACAAUUUAGAAACAGAACUUGGAAUAGUCAGCUCAUGUGAGCAGGUUCCUGAUCUGCUGGGGAACUAUGUGCCAAAAUCUGCUGAAGCGUGGGAGAGGAACAACAUCACAAAUGGGAGGGAUAGUCCAGAAUGCUCACAGUUAACCAGUUCAGUUGAGAAGAACAGUUUCUGUUACGAUAAUUUGGAAUCUAAUGAAGAACUUUCCAGAAAGAGGAAACAUAUAGAAGGUGAACUUCAAAGUGGCUAUGGUAAUCCGGAUGCAAAGAAUUUAACAAGUAGGAAGCAUAUUACUAGGAAAGUCCUUCCUAGAAGAUCCGUGCGGCUGAUCUCUAAGUGAGCUCGUGAAGUGCAUAUGGCCCAAGGGUUGAAGCAUCGAUAGCGUAUACCAUUGUUCCAAAUGAGAAUGAAUAUGGUGGUUGUAUUUUCGGGAGCAUUGGCAACAUAUUAAAGCUAAGAGAUAGUUCUUCAAGGUGUUGGUUACGGCGAUCACCAAGCAUAUAACAAAGUCUGUACAUAUCAACAGUUCAACACGGGGUAAUUUAUAUUAUUUUGUUUCUGUAUCAUUUAUGGGUACUCAUUUUUGUUAAAAGUUGUUACAUGUGUAUAUUUAUUGGGGUUAAUUUCCGUUUAUUCUGUUGUCUUUAUCCAUGUUUUCAUGAUCAUUUAUAUGCAUAUUGCACAUGAAUAUUGUGGACCAAACAUGUGGUCAUUGUCUUAGUCUUGCUUAGCCUUCUUUGUUUGAGACGAGUCGAUGAAUAUGUAAGAACUGAGAAUUAAAACGCAAUUAAAUUUCAGUUGGUUUUUA